UCUCACUUGCACGUCAUGUAAUUCACGAGAAUUGAGCUGCCAUACAUAAAACUUAACGUACACUAUUCUCUCAAGAUGCAGAAUAUACUAUUCCGCAAACCAUAUAAUAUACACAAGCUUUAGAUCGUCAUUUACUUUUGCUCUAAUCAGUUUUAGUAGGCUAAACUUUCGAAUAUAAAAUGGGUGUGUUCACUGGAUUUGGUAGCUGGAUCAAUCUGAACAGUCAACAGCCUCUUAAGGCCGAUUCCCAGAGAUCUGAAAACGGCGAAUCUAAGUCGGCGUCAGAGAAAGACACUACUAAGAAGGAGGAGGAGGAGGUGGUAUAUUAUGAUGAAAAAGAGGACACGAGACAAGAGGGACUUUGGCAUGAAGCAGAGAAGAAGCAUCCAUGGCAUAAUUCACCUCCCAAGAUCAAGAUGACAAAUAAGAAGGGUCUUUACCAUAUGAACAUAGAGUUGACCGUGGGAACGACUCCUAAUAUUGUCUACUACGUGAUGACUGAAGGCGAUCCGUUUUUCGAUAGGGAGAAGUGGCGUUUCCUAAUGAAAAACACAUCAAGAAAGGUUCUGAAGGAGAAUGGUCCGAAGCGGGUCGUCAUGGUAGAGAAAGCUAUGGCUUAUAACUUCCUUUCGCUGACGACUAUAUCUAUCCCGAUACAUCUAACUAUGGAAGAAAACAGAAAAGAUCUUACGACAAAAUAUAAGAAAGAGAAAGUAAUAUUGAUGAAAGAGUUCCACGGCAACUUUAAAGUGGAGCCUAUAUAUGUAGAUCAAGAACGGUUGUGCAAAAAGAGGUUACCAAAGAGUCCAGAAGAAUACAAAAAAUGUAGCGGUGGCCAAGGAAGGAUUGGGUCAAAACUUAUAAUAAACCAAUACUUCCAGCCAUAUCCUCCAUUUAAUCUACCUCCGCUUUCUUGGUUCAUCCGUGGGUUCACCAUUAAAACCUCCAAAAAAAUGCUCAACUUGCUUCAGGACAUGGCUUUUUCUUUACGGCAGGCAGGGCCUCCCUCAGAAUAAGCCAUCAAAGUUAGAGAAAACUAUGUUGUUGAAUACAUAGUUUUUAGAAAUUUAGAAGAUUGUACGUAAACAUACAAAAAAAACUGUUUAUCGCGUAUGAUUAUUUUGGUAUCGACUACCGCAGCUGAAAAUUGUUUUGUUUUUUUGAAGUUGAAACUACUAAAAAGAAUUUGUGUUUUUAAAAUAUCAUAAGAAAUAUUAGAUGGACUGGAUUUGUUAUCCA